AUGGGGCGUGGUUCCAAUCCGGUCAAAAACACUUGGAGUGGGCAGCUCCUGUUUUUCCAGGACUACUUCCAGCUCAGCCUCACACUUGCACCUGCUCAGAGCACUAUUCCAGCUGAAAUGGUUGCUUUUGGUCUUUCCAUAGUCUCUUUUGAAACUAUUCUGCUUCUACUGGAGCCAGCCUCUAUAGCCGGUCUGUCCUUCUUUCGUUCUGGCCAAUUUAGGUUGACCAUAUUAACUUGUGGCGGGGGAAAAGGAUCUAUGGUGACGGAUGGAGGUUUUUCUGCUAGCUUUAGCCUUCCUGCUGUUAUCCCUUCCUGUAUGACAUCUCUGAAAACAACACAACUAUUGGUAGAAUGA